CCUCAUCUACCUUCCCUUCCCUCCUUUCCUCCCUUCCUUGACCUCAGUGAGCAUCGCAACCAACAUCGCCAUUGACCUCCCGCCUCAGCCAAAUUGACCCGCGCCCCCAGUGUCUUCCGACUCGCAGCUCGAAUUCCUCGCGCGCCCCAACAGCGAACAACAACCACCACAACACCAAUCAGACACCGACAUGUCGUACGCCGCCGCCGCCGCGCCUCAUGGCAAGAGCCAGAAGCAGACCGAUGAAGAGAAGAUGCCUGACUUUGUCCCGGAGAUUAUGCACGAUGACUCGGGUGUUCACUCUCUCGAGUCGCUGAACUCGGUCAAUGAUCACCUUCAGUCUCUGCCCUCGGACUCGUCAUAUGCUGGCCAACAAGAAGCUGAAGAACGCGCUGAAGAGCUUCGCCAACAAGCGAAGAAGGAGGUCAAUAAGAUUGACCAGGAAGCUCGCAACUUCAUGAGCUCCGCAGAAAAGAGCGCAAGUGAUUUGAAGAGCCAAGCCAAGACAGAUGGCAAGAAGCUUGAGAAAAAGGUCGAUGCUGAAUUUGAGAAGGCAAAGGACAAGGCCCAAGAGGGCUACAGCAAGGCCAAGAAGGAGGGAAGCAAAGUCGCAAAGGAAGUGGAGAAGGAUGCGAAGAAGGCAGGAGACUGGGCGGAGAAGAACCAGAGCAAUCCAGUUGUGCUCGGCAAUGCGGCCGCAAUCACGGCUUUGACUGCUCUCCUCGGUAUUGGAGCCUACCGAGCACACAAGACCAACACGUUGACGUGGAAUGUUGUCGGCGCAUGGGCAGGCGCUGUUGGCCUGUUUGCCGUCGGUGAUUACUACGUGUCGCAAUAUUUCUUCAAGAAGUACCCACCAAAGAACUAAGGUAAAUAUACCAGCGAGCGCGAUACACCAUGAUGGAUCGACGAGGGCCGCAGGGUGGCCCGGCGAUAUGUGACAGAAGCGUUGGUUCAGAAUGUGAAAGUCUCCGAUGUCCCGCUCUAUACAGAAACCCAUUUCUACGACUUGGAUUGAAUAUGAACGAGGCGGCUUGAGCGUUGGUAGCCAAGGCGUUUACGGACGAAAUCUUGUACAGUAUUGCUUUAUUAGUAGCCACUAUGCUCCCACGAUAAUCAGCAUAUUACACGAGUCUCAGGCCAGUACAAUUGAGGAAGAAGCUCCGAAAACAAUCAAUCUGAAUUAGGGAGGAACAAGUGCUCGUGUAAGUUGCAACCAAGGAUAGCUGUAGUCUUUCGCGAAGUGUUUCGUACCAUGGAUGCUACGUCGUGUACCUACAGUACCUAGUCUUGAGGCUGGAUGAUACGACGAUUACUGAUGAGUGCGAGAGCUAGGAGGUAGGUGAUG